CAGGUCCUGGAAUUGCGGUAGCCUAUUGCAGUCGGAUAAUUUUGCUGCCUUUAUUCAAACGCCCCUCCCUUUUUCUUAGAAAUGAAACCGAAACUGAACUGCCUUUGGGUUGAAUAACUGCGUGCAACGAACGUGAAACAUUCUUUAAGCCUCUGGGUGUGACAUCAACAAAAUGGCAGACUGUUCUCAUGAUCAGAAUCCUUUUGAGUGUCCGAUCUGCCUUCAACUUCUGACGGACCCAGUAACUAUAGGAUGUGGACACAGUUUCUGUAUGAACUGCAUUAAGAAAUUCUGGGAUGUGGAGGAUCAGAAAGGAGUUUCUAGCUGCCCUCAGUGCAGGCAGAUAUUCACUCCAAGACCAACCAUCAACAGAAGCACAGUGCUGGCUGAACUUGUAGAGAAGAUGAAGAGAGGAGCACCACGAGCUGUUGAAGCCAAUCCUGUGAUGAGUUCUGCUGGGUCCGGUGAUGUGGAUUGUGAUGUGUGCAUGGAAAACAAACUCAAAGCCAUCAAGUUUUGUCUGGUGUGUGUGGCGUCUUACUGUGAAACUCACAUCCAAACUCAUUAUACAUCUGCUGCAUUAAAGCGACACAAACUGGUCAAUGCUUCAGCACGUCUCCAUGAGCAAAUCUGCCCUCAACAUGAUAAACCUCUUGAGCUGUACUGUUGCCAAGAUCAACAGUUAAUAUGCAUGCAAUGUGCUCUUAUUAACCACCAGAACCAUAGUAUGACUUCACCUGCAGCUAAAAGACAAGAAAUACAGGAACAGUUCAAAUCAAAUCAGGAUGACCUACAAGAGCAAAUACAUAAAAUAGAAAACAAAAAACAGGAGGUAAAACAAGCCAGUGUUUCUCAUAAGCGAUCUGCUCAGGCAGCAGUGGAGCACAGCGAGAUGAUAUUCACAGAGCUGAUCAGCUCCUUGGAGAAAAAACGAUCUGAGAUAACAGAGAUGAUCAGAAAUCAGGAGCAAGCAGAAGAAAGAAAGGCUGAGGAGCUUAUACAUACAUUGGAACAGGAGAUCUGUGAUCUCACAAGGAGAAACAAAGAACUGGGGCAGCUAUCACAGAUAGAUGAUGACAUUUAUUUCAUUCAGAAUUUCUCUUCUAUUUACAACUAUCAAUGUUCAAACAUAAGCAACAUCAAUGUAAACCAAAAACUGACAUUUGAGAACAUUUACCCAAUUCUCACUGAGCUGAAAAGUCAACUCAAUGAUCUGUGUGAACAAGACACCGUCAGGAUAUCAGAGAAAGUUCCUACUGUCUAUAUAAUUUUGAAUAAUGAGAAGAUUCCGGAGUAUUUUCCAUCAAGACCCAAGACCAGAGAAGAGUUUCUUUCAUAUUCCUCUAAAUUGUGCUUGAAUCACCAGUCAGCAUGUACUCAGCUGUCCGUACGCAAUAACAGCUAUGUGUCAUGGUUGGCACCUGGUCAAGCAGUUUAUGGAUUAAAUGCCUAUGCUGCAAUGUCAAAGCCCUUACAUAAAAGGGUUAAUAGACCUUUUUAUCAAAGCAGCACUUUUCAAAGCGGCACAUAUCAAGUGUUGUGUGACAAGAGUCUAUCUGGAUGCUGUUAUUUUGAGGUUGAGUAUGCAGGUACAGGCUGUUCUAUUGCAUUCUCAUAUGAUCAGUUUGAUCAGGCAGGUGGAUGCUUUCAGUUUGGAUGUAAUAACAGGUCCUGGAUAUUUGACUUCCCAAAGGCUGCUAUUAGCAUGUUGCACACAAACGUCAGCAUUGGCAUUCCCAUUGUCACCUCCAAAAUCGGAGUGUAUCUAGACUACUGUGCAGGGACCCUAUCCUUUUAUAGUGUUACUGACAAAAUGACAUUACUACACAGAGUCCAGACAACAUUCACUGAGCCCCUGUUUCCUGGGUUUGCUUUGCAGAAAUGGGUAGAUGGCUCUGUGAACAUUUGUGAUCUGCCAUUCAAACCAGAAUGAGUAAUGUAAUAUACUGGAUGGUGAUGAAUGACCAUGUUUGCUGUUAGGUGUUAUGGAAAACCUCUGGAAACAAUUUACCCACUAAACCCUUUCUGACGCAAAUUCAAGUACAUUGGCAUAUACGUGAGAUUGUACUUUGUACUCUGAAUAAAAAGCAGUUUUUCUGUCAAAGUACAGAACUCUACUUCUGAAAAGUAAUCUUAUUUUUCCAACACCCCUAUGUACAGUGUUUCUUGGCUUGCUUACGAUUAUAUGAUUGUUUUACACUUAGAAUAUCUACUGGAUGAAAAGAUAUUUAAAAAAGCAUGAUUACGGAUUAUAAGGAUGUGAUGGAUGAAACAGUAUAGGAAUUCUUAGUCCAUUAUUAAUUGAAAGCUAUUUCUAUGCUGUAUAAGAUGUCUUAUUUUUGUCUGUUGACUUUUGUAUGUCUGAACUUCUGAUUUGAUCAAAUCUAGAUACAAAUUUAGAUACACAGGUAGUCCAUGUUGCACUUCUUUAUGGAGUUGUAGUUUUGAUUUAAAUAAAGCAGAUUAAAA